AUGGGCUUGGCGCACUGGCUCCAGCAUUUCGCUGAUCAGCUAGCGCACGAUCUGGGUGACGGUCGCGGUGACGUCGCCUGGACGACCGGCGGCCCCCGAGGCGCAAAGCUUCGGGUGGCGGGCGAGGAGCUCCUCACCGUGUCGUGGCCGCCGGCUGCGAAGCGAGGGCGCUUGAGUAGCUUCCUGGCCGACGCCAAGCCGGAGGAAGGGCAGCACGUGGGCAAGAAGGAGCACGUGGAAGCAGCAAAGGGUGCUUCUGCGGCCGCUGGCGUGGCACUUUACAACCCGGAGAACCGGCGAAUCUUCCUGGUAGCAGCUCCCGUCACUGUGCUGGCUGCCGGCUUCUUCGAGUACUGGGGCAAAGCCCGCCUAGCUGAGACCGACCUCGCUGCGCCUUUACCAAAGGUAGUUGAGGCAGCUGAGAAAGAGGAGGAGGCCUCCAGCUUGCGCAGUGCCAUCAAGGUUCUGGAACCCUACGUGAAGGGGCCAACCUCGCUGAAGUGUGCAGGCUACGCUGCAGCACACGUCACCUUGCUGGGUGUCGCCCUCUACGUGGAUGUGGCGUUGACGCAGUGGAACGGAGUUUUCUGGUCCGCCCUGCAGAACCACCAGUCCAAGCAAUUCUACAGCUUGCUCUGGGAUUUCAUCAUCAUCACAGGCGUCACCGGCUUCGUGGGCACUUACAGCGACUACCUCAACGGCAUGUGGCACCUGCACGCGCGCGACCACCUCACUCGGCACUUCAACGGGCUCUGGGUGGGCAGCGGGGCCAUGUGCAUGAUGCGACAGUGCGAGGUUCAGGUGGACAACCCGGACCAGCGCAUCGACCAAGACGUGGACGAGUUCGUGGGCUCCACCCGUGAGCUCUUCUUUGGAGGUCUCGGCUCCCUGGUGAGGCUGGCCAUCUACUUCCCGAUCUUGCUGCGCUCAGCGCCGCCGCCACUUCUAGGCUUCGUGCUCGUUUGGCCUGUCUUCGGGGCAGUCGUGACUCACAAGAUCGGGCGGAGCCUUGUGCCCCUGUCUUUGGCCGGUGAGUCUGCGAACGCCAACUUCCGCUCGGAGCUGGUGCAUGCGCGAGACAAGGCGGAGAGUCUGGCACUGCUGCAGGCAGGACCGCAGUUGGCAGAGAGCCUCCAGGAGCGAUUCGAGGUCAUGAAGCGCGUGGCCUACGCAGAGUUCGACAUCACCAAGUUUCUGAACUUCUUCAAGAUGAUGUACGAGGAGUAUGGGACCGUGGUGCCUUUCGUGCUGCUGGCACCUGCCUACUUCACGGGUGCGCUGGAUCUUGGCCAGCUAAUGCAGUUGCGCAUGAUCGUCGAGCGGGUGUCGGCAAGUCUCACCUUCCCGGUGGCUGCGUACGAGCAGGCGGUGGGCUGGCGAGUGGCCGCCAACCGCUUGGCUGCGCUCCAGGCCCAGGCUGUGUCGGUGGCUGCGCCGUCUCGGGCGUCACCGCCACCCCCACCAGGGUCUCCAGCGCUGUCCGCAGAGGACCUGGCGGUGCUGACACCAGAGGGCAGAACGUCUCGACGAUCGGCGGCUAUGGCGGCAGCCAUGCUCGCGGCCUGCCUGUGCAUUUUCUCCCCAAGCCUCAGCUUCUCCAGCGAUGAGGCCAAGGAUCAGCUCGAGAAGACCGUGAAGGUUUGGAAGCAGCCGCAUGCCAUCCGCGUGGCGGGGUCCAGGUUUGCAGUGGACACGAUCUCCCAGGGUGCGCCGCAGUGGCAGGUGCGGGCCACGGAAGCCAACGGCUCCACGGCUCUCUUUGCCGCGCGCGAAGAUGGGGGCAGCGUCGUCUACGGUGUGAACUAUGACUCGGCGAGGAGCGCCUACAAGCCGCCACACGGGGCGCGGGUGGCCUUCGCCGCCGCAGGCGAGGAGGGCAGCGACGCGGACUGGACGGUGCAGCUGGACGGGAAGGGCAGCGCACCCCGGCGCUUGGCCGUGUCCGGCAAGGGCGCGGACAUGAUCUACGAUGCCACUUUGGCGGUCGAGAAGCCUCUAGGCCAAGGAGUCUCUGGGCUUGCCGCCGUGGACAUGAAGAGGCGCCCGGAUGCCGAGAGCAUGCUGCCCAACUGGAUCAAGCCCAGCUUUGGCGCGAAGUACCAGACAGGCAACACAGAAUACAGGGCAGCAGUUUUCCCGGACGUGCAGCAGGGCGUCAACGAGUCUCUUGGUGUAUCUUUUGACUGGGAGGCCUUGAUGAAGGGCCGUCUGGAGGGAUGGAGCUCCAAGCAGGGCGGAAAGAUCCUCACAAGGGAUCCCCAGUACAACGUGCGGCUCAAUUCGGAAGGAUUGCAGGCUCGGGUCCUGGCUCCGGCGAAGCUGGGCACGGCUUUCGGCCUGGGUGCCGUUAUGGACCGGCAGGGGGCAUACGACGUCGAAGGCUUUGCGGAGUGGAAGGGCGAGCGCCAGGUCGCCAAGGGCGUCAAGCUCGAUGCCAACAUCAAGGGCGCGGCCAAGCGUGGAGAGGUGCAGAUCCAGCCCCUGGGCACGGGAGUCACCCUCGACAUCGGCACCCUGGCGCCCAAGCUCGCGGCCGAAGGCUCCACCCUGGCGCUCCAGAGCCGCUACAAGUUCGGCAUGUCAAGGCCGGCCCUGGCUGCAGCCAUGGCCCUGACCCCAGCCAAAGUGCCGGAGCUGCAGGCCAUGGCGCUCGCAUCCAAGAGCUCAGAGGACGGGGAGCUCUCCAGCUCCGUGCGGGUGACGGCCUCCCAGCUUCGGGGCGUGGACGCCCGCUAUGAGAUGAGAUCCUACGGGUCCAAGGUGCGUCAGGCAGCAGAGAUCAGGUCUCCCCGUGUGGACUUCAACGAUGGAAGCUACCUCCGCCUGACCGGCAAGGCCUACAAAGGCGAAGAGUUUGGCGAGAAGCCCCGCGUGCAGCUGGGCGUCCAGUACGAGGGCAAGCUCAAUGUCCUGGGGAGGAGCCUAGACCUGGGUGGUGAGAGCGCCGGCUUCGACAGCGGCCGCAGCCUCUUGGAUGAAAUGGGCCGGCCCUGGACCAGCCCGGAGCUCAAGAAGGCCACCAACACGGCCAACGUGGUGCGCCGGCGCAUCGGGAGCGAGUACGGAGAGGGCAAGCGAUGGAUUACCAAGUGA